CGGCCCUUCCGCGAUGGUUGCCCCGGGGCUCCGCUAAUUAAUCAUUAACAGCGGCGCGCGGGCACGGCCAAGGUCGGUUCCUUUCCCAGUCCCGGUGCCGGUGCCGCUCCGAGGAUGUGGCUGUGCGUGGCGGCGGUGCUGGCGGGGCUGCUCCUGCUGCGGCGCUGGCACCGGGAGCGGCAGACGGUGCCGGGGCUCCGGGAGAAGCACGUGCUGAUCACGGGCUGCGACAGCGGCUUCGGGAACCUGCUGGCGCGGCAGCUGGACGGGCGCGGGCUGCGGGUCCUGGCCGCCUGCCUGACCGAGGCCGGGGCGGCGCGGCUGCGGGCGGCCACCUCGCCGCGGCUCCAGACCGUCCUGCUGGACGUCACCUCCAGCCAGAGCAUCGCCGCCGCCAGCGCCUGGGUGCGGGAGCGCGUGGGUGACCGAGGGCUCUGGGGGCUGGUGAACAACGCAGGGAUCGCCAUCCCCACCGCCCCCAACGAGUGGCUGACCAAGGAAGACUUUGUGAGGGUGCUGGAUGUCAACCUGGUGGGGCUGGUGGAGGUGACCCUGAGCCUCCUGCCGCUGGUGCGGCGGGCGCGGGGCCACGUGGUCAACGUGGCCAGUGUGAUGGGCCGCGUCUCCUGUUUCGGCGGCGGGUACUGCAUCUCCAAGUUCGGCGUGGAGGCCUUCUCCGACAGCCUCAGGCUUGAGAUGCACAACUUCGGGGUGAAGGUCAGUGUGAUCGAGCCCGGCUACUUCGACACAAUGAUCACCAACGUCGAGAACCUGGAGAGAAAUUUUCUUUCCACCUGGGAGAAGCUUCCAGAGGAAAUCAAAGCAAGUUAUGGGGAGAGUUACUUGAAGCAGCUGGUGGCAUCAAUGAAGAUAAUGCAGAAGAGCUACAGCUGCGACCUGUCUCUGGUCACGGACUGCAUGGAGCACGCGCUGACCAGCCUCCACCCCCGCGCCCGCUACUCCGCCGGCUGGGACGCCAAGCUGCUCUACAUCCCCCUCAGCUACCUGCCCUCGGCCCUCACGGACGCCGUGUUCACCUUGUUCUACCCCAAAUCCGCAGGGAAAGCCUAAGGCAGGGAUGCCAGGCUGAGGCACUGCGAUGCCUAAGCCAGGGCCCGGUGACGUGCGGGGGGAUCUGGCGGCGCAAGGUGAGAUCCGACAUCGCCCGAGGCCACGCUGAGGUCCCUGAGUUUGUUCCCUGCCCACAGACGGCUUUGUCCUGAAUAAAGACCCCCCAUUACCCUCCUGG